UGUGGAUGUAGGGGAAUGGACUAUCGCGAUCGGAGUCGGAAUAACCUCAAGACAAUCAAGGAGGACACAGACGUCGUAAAUUGUGUUCGUGCAUCAUUCCUAAUUUCAAACUAUUUUUUAGUCUUGGGAAAUUAUGUUAGGGAUAUUUCAAAUUAAUUUUUCACAUACUAAAAUAUUUUUUAAAAUGAUUCUUGAUAAAUUAUUAUUUUUAAAAGAUUAAUAAAAAAUUUUUUGGAAUAUUUAAAAUAUUUUUUAGAGUUAAUUUUAAUUUAAUUUAAAAAAUUUUAAUUUUCAGGAAAUUCUAAAAAAAUUAAUAUUUUUCUAAAUGAUGGAAGCAUUAUCUCCCCCCGAUCAAAAUAAUUUUCGCCAUUUAUCCAAUAUUUCCCCUUCACAUCUUUCUCCUUCUUCCUCAUCUUCUUCUUCACCCUGUGGCUUUGAUUCUUCUUCAGAUGUGGAACAACGAUUUAAAAAUAAUAAAAAUCUUGUGGGGAAACGAUUUUAUGUUUCUAGAGUGCAAACACCCCAAAUAAAUGAACAACAAAAAAAUAAAGAAAUUGGGAAAUUAAAUAAAAAUAAAAUUGAAUUAAAUGAUGAAAUAAAUUCUGAAAUUGCUACAAAUACUAGAAUUAGUAAUGAUGAGGAAUUAAUUACGUUUAGAUACACGUGGCCUGUUAAAAUUACGGAAAGACUAAUCUCCCUCGGAGAAACAGCAAUCUUAAACGUCAGUCCACCUUUCUGCACUGCCUACAAUGGUGUUCAAUUCACCUGGCUUUUGCGGAUUUGUGAAGAAAAUAUACUUUUUAAUGAGGGAAUUAGUAACGAGAGUACUUUAUCUAGUGGAAAUUAUAAUGAAAAGAAAGAUAGUUUUGUUGGGAAGAAGAAAGUAAACAUAACUUUGUAUUACAAAGAUGGACCAGCUAGGGAUGUUAGACUACAUGGGGGAGAAAUAUCAAUACUCAACUCGAAUGGGCUCAUUUUUGAGGAAAUGCCUUUAUGUGAAUUAGAAUAUAUUAAAGGAGGUGGCUGGUCACCAAUUAAUAAUAUGUGUGUUGAAAACAAUAAUAUUAACUCAAUUUCUGCCGAACAAUUAAAAUUUAUUGAAUUUAUACAUUCUCAUGUUGGUAGACACAUUUCUGUGAGGAUUAAAUUGGAAAUGCCUGUCAGUCUCUUCCAACCACUACAAUAUUUACCAAGCAUAGACUCUCCUUUAAGCGACAAAUUGGAAGCUUUGUGUGCCCAAGUAUUAGAGGAAAUUCGUUCAAAUCAACUUAAAGUCCCCGAUGUUGAAUUUUUCGAUCCUAAAGCAGACAAAUAUGCUUUGUAUCGUCAUGUUUAUUUAUUUGCUUGUCAAGUGAUUUUUGAACGUUUUACUAAUAAUGAAUGGGCAAUGUUAAAAAAUUCAGCAGAAUUAAAAGAAAAAAUUAGCAAUAUUUUUGCCCAUUAUUACUUUAACAAAAUAAUUGUACCCGAAGCAGAAUGUUUUGAAGACUUCUUAGAAGCUUUGGAUGCUUCCAUGCAUGUACAGUUUCCUGCUUUGCGCAGGGAAUGCGAAAGAUAUAUUUGUGCUGAAGUUAUUGCUGAAUCAACAGAUUUGUCUUUAGCUAAGAAAAUGCUUGUUUUGGCCGCUAGGUUUAACCUGCCUGUUUUAAAAAUGGUAUCUUUUGGUGUUAUAGUCGAUCGUCUUUUGCUUUUACAAGAUGGAAACACUCAAAAUAACAAUAGUAAUUCAAAUUCUCUUACAAAUAUAUCAGAUGAAAUUACUGGAAAUAUCUCAAAUCGAAAAUUCGGCCGUGGAAGUCAAGACAGUGGAAAUAUGACUCUUGAAAGUAGUAUGGAUGAAAUACGUGAAGAAUUGCUUGAAAUUGCUGAAAAAAUAAAUCAUGUAGAUCACGGCAACAACCAUCACCUUUUCCAUUCAUCCUCUGAUAAUAUAGAAAAUUCAAAAAAUCAUCAAAAUCAGCAACAAAAACAAUUAAAAUUUCGUCGUCAACACAGUAACAGUUUGUGUAGUCCAACCUCCCCAACAAACCCCCAAUUCCCGAAAAUAACAAAAUCAACAACAUUCUUGUCUAAUUCGGCCCUCUUGAAUGAUAAAGAUGAAGAGGAAGAAGAAGAUGAUGAGGAAGAGGAUGAUUCUGAUGAGUUUGAACCUGGAAAUGAGACACUUGUGGGGACUGUUGUUUCCCAACUUGAACAGAUGGCUAGAUAUAUCAGAAAGGUUUCUAUGCCUCCUGGGGCUAGUCCGGCGCCGUUAAGUGAAACAAUAAAUCAAAAUCAAAACAACGAAGAUUUAAUUAUUCCUUCAUCCUCCUCUCCAUCAGUAAUGAACGAAACUAAUCAGAACAAUAAAAAUUUAAAUCAUCGUCGUUCCAGUUUAAUGACUUGCAGAGAAAUGUUGCUUCAACAAAAUUUGAAAGAAGAAGAAAAUUAUUUAAAUAAAGGAUUUGGGAAGGAAGAAAAUACAAGCAACUUUUUUAGUCAAUUAUAUGCUGGGACUAAAUUAAAUAAUAAUACAAUUGUAAAUUCUGAUUGUAAUUAUGAAAAUCAGAAUGAUGGACAAUAUAAAUGUGAAUCAGAAGUCAAUGCCAAAAACAACAACAAUUUACUUAAUAAAUUGCCACACUCUUCUAAAGCAAUAACUAUAAGUGAUAAAGUUGAUGUAAUUGAAGAUCCAUUUUCCAGUGAAGAAAUGAGAGGGAGAAAUGUUGAUUUUGAGGAGGAUUAUGAUUAA